AUGGCCAAAGUGAGCUGGGUGAGUUUGGAGAGGGCUGGCUGGCCGCGAAGUGCCCGUCGCACCUCCCAGCCACAUCAACCUCACCACCGCCGCUUCACCUUUGCCCCCCUGCGCCGGCCCUUUGCGCACCAAUUCCUGACAGCGAAAUCUGGUCAUACCUUCACCACUCCACGCGCUCCCACCCCUGGUGCGCGCGUCACGACGACGGCACGUAGCCUGCAGUGGCGUGAGAUUGAGGCCAGGGCUCACGUUGGCCUCUCGGAUUCCCGCGCGCGUCCAGUGCUUGACGGCACUGCGUUCGCUCAAACCAUGAUGGUGGCUUCCGAUCCUUCGUUGGGCGCUCCACAGCACAGGCAAGGUCAGCUGUUUCACCAUCACGGCUCGAUCAACCUUGGUGAGCAGUGCCGCCAUGAGGGCUGCAAUGCACGGCUUCAGCAUGGAAACUUCUGCAUGCAGCACACUCAGUUCGACUCUCAGAAGAUGCGCCAGGCCCAUCUGCCCGCGCACGCAGACUUGGGUGAUCGUGGUUCCCACAGCAGGUCGCCCUUAGCCAGAAAUGUUCCGAUCGCGCCUCUCCAUCGACCCCCGGCCACAAAUGGAACUCACGUUCCAUCAGGAGCUCCGGGCAAUUCAUCCUCGAGCUCCCCAUCAGCCCCAAGCAAGAAAAUGCUUCCGGAUAAGAUGGUGGCCCGCAAGAGUGUCUUCAACCUACCAUCCAAUGCUGGGAAAGUCGGUGCGCACAGUUCGCUUGAUACUUCUCGAACUGGAAACGAGAAGCGACCUAUCAAGCGGCAGCGCACCUCGGACGACGAUGCCUGGAAGCGAACACCCUAUACUAUCUCAAUUUCCGGGGACGAGUCGGCCGGUGGCUUCGGUGUUAAUGGACAUGUCUUUGACGGUCCACCGGACCAAGCAAGAAUUCGUGAGAGCGUCUUGCGCGAUCCCUCGACCGCUGGGGUCUCAGCGCCCUCAUCUCAGGAAUGGCGUCCUCAAGGACCAGAGACGAUGGAUCGUCAGCGACCCGUCACAUAUUCACCCUCAGCAGCGCAUUCGACGCUGGUGGAGAGGAACGUAGUGUUCACCAGUUCUGGCGAGACAUCUGUGCCGACAUCAGCGCCUUCGCCACCAGAACCGCUGGUCAACGGAGUCCAAAAGCCCUCGCACCCACCCCGGCAGAAUCCAAUGUCUCAGCAUGUGCACUCCCCACAAACGAUAGCGCAUGCGCCGGAUCUGAAUCAGUCCAACAGCGCUCUUGAGACUCUGGCCAAGUACAAAGAGAACAAGCACAACUUCAGCCAGGCCGAAAUCAACGAGAUGAUACGGAUGGCGCAAUCGCGCCAGUUGCCUCGCUUCCAUGGUCCAAUUGGCCCAAUUCGAGGGACGAACGGUGACUACUUGGGGCCCGCGGCCACAGACGUGGUGACGAACGGACAAGCUCGAGCACAGGAGAUUAAGUCGUCGCAUACGUCGCCAAUACGCCCUGCCUGGCGUCCCUCAAUGCCGUCCAUGAAUGCGACCCAGGGCUGGCGGCCCGGAUUUGCCAUGAUUGACCUCACCCAAAACGGCGAGGAUCCCGAGAUGCCCGUUGCGAACGGACUGUCACCAGUCGAUAGAGGUCCUUCGCAGGCGGCCAGGUCAUCUACCACGUCCAAUGGCGACAUCGUGCACGUGGAUGGACCCAAAGGUGUCGCCGCGCAGGAUAACAGGCCCCCUGUUUCAGCACCGUCACGACAACCCGAACCCUCCGAAAAAAUGCUGGUCAAUGUGACGGAUGCGCCAACUAUUCCUAUGCCAAGUGUGGUCCAGUCUCCUUCCAAGGCAGGCGCUUCUGGAGGGCACGAGGAUGUCGCGCCGAAGCUGCGCCGUCCUGGGUCCACGGACAACAACGACGUCCAAACGCUGGCAGCAUCAUCCAGCAAGUCACCACGAAGUCCGAGGACGGUCUCCCUUCGCAUCGGGAAUGCUACAGAGGCCAGGCAACGACGAGAGAGGCAACUUGAAGCCGCAAGGAGAGCCGAGGAUGCCUUGCGGCAAAGCACGGCGCAAAUUCUGGCCGGUCCAGCCUCCGUCCCUGCAAGCGGUGACACUCUGCGCGUGAAUGGAGUGGUCAAUGGUGUCGACGACGACCACGUCAUGCCAGACGCUACUGUGCCGUCACUGUCAGCGGCAAUAGUCAAGCCGCCAGAAGGACUUCCCGAGCCUGAGAAGAGGCGGCUCGAGUUGCCCAACAUUUCGCGCACAUCGAUCCACGCCUGCAUUGGAGCCGGCCCCGCUCUCGGGGUUGGUUCAGCGGCCGGAAAGGGUGAUGGCCGAUCCAUUGUGGACGGCAGCAUCGAAGGAGCUCGAUGA